AUGACAACCCCUGCAGCAACCACAACAACUCAAUCACCAACCACCACAACCCCUGCAGCAACCACAACAACUCAACCACCAACCACCACAACCCCUGCAGCAACCACAACAACUCAUCACCAACCACAAACUAGCCCUGCAGCAACCAACAACAACUGCUGGCAUCAACACAAACCCCAGCAGCAACCACAAACAAAUCAAUCACCAACCAAUACAACCCCUGCAGCAACAAAAACAACCAAUCACAAUCCACAUCAACCCCCGCAGAACCACAACUACUCAAUCAGAAACCACCACAACCCCGCAUCAACCACAACAGUCAAUCACACCACCACAACUGCUGCAGCAACAACAACAACCCCUGCAACAACCACCACAACCCCUGCAGCAACCACCACAACCCCUGCAGCAACCACAACAACCCCUGCAGCAACCACAACAACCACUGCAGCAACCACCACAACCCCUGCAGCAACCACCACAACCCCUGCAGCAACCACCACAACCACUGCAGAAACCACAACAACCCCUGCAGCAACCACUGCAGCAACCACCACAACCCCUGCAGCAACCACCACAACCCCUGCAACAACCACAACAACUCCGUCACCAACCACAUCAACCCCUGCAACAACCACAACCACUCAAUCACCAACCACAACAACCCCUGCAGCAACCACAACACCUCAAUCACCAACCACAACAACUCAAUCACCAACCACCACAACCCCUGCAGCAACCACAACUCCAUCACCAACCACCACAACCCCUGCAGCAACCACAACAACUCCAUCACCAACCACCACAACCCAUACAACAACCACAACAACUCACCAAACCACCACACAACCCCUGCAACAAACCAUGACAACCCCUGCUGGCAAGCCACAACAACUCAAUCACCAACCACCACAACCCCUGCAGCAACCACAACAACUCAACCACCAACCACCACAACCCCUGCAACAACCAUGA